GCGUGAAGAAGAGGACGACUGGCGAUCGCACGCAUCGUUCGCGUCGCGUGCGAAACAUUACGAGAGGAGGCCACAUCGCGAUGGCCGACGGCACGACGCACGGCGACACGGGGGACGCCAUGAUCACGAUGAACAAGUGGACGAAAGGGCAAGUACACAGCCAAAAAUUGUCAUGCCCACGUUCACGGGAACAGAUCCGGAUGCAUGGUUGAGUCGAGCUGUGCAAUUUUUUGAGAUCAAUGAUGUGCCAAGGUACGAAAGAGUUCAAAUUGCUGCUUAUCAUCUGGAUGGAGAAGCAAACGUAUGGUGGCAAUGGGUGAUGCACAAGAACCAUGGUGAGUACAUGCGUUGGAGGGAUUUCAAAAAAGAGCUCAUCACAAGGUUUGGCUCAAGUGACUACCACGAUUACAAUGAGGCUUUGUCUAGAAUUAAGCAAGUGGGAAGUCUAAGGGAGUAUCAAAAGGAGUUCGAGCGCAUUGCUAGUAGGGUGCGGGAUUGGCCCGAGAGUGCGCUAGUAGGAACACAGCCAGCUGCCAUCCAGCCAGCCCUGCCAGCGCCACCUCAGCAGGCGCAGCACCGGAACAAGAGGAAGUGGAGAGGUCGCGACGAUAGGAGGAACCGUCGACCAGGAGCCCCACCUCAGGCAGCACCACCGGUCCCGCAGCCCCCAGCUAUUUGCGCUACUU